AUGUACGUUAAAUGCAGUUUUAUAUAUAAAUUAAGGUGGUCAGCUGUCGAAACGGCACCGAUCACACAUUCAAUGAAUUGCUACUGCGAAAUUCCUGUAAAGUGCACGGCGGGCAAGGACGGCAAUCUUAGUUACGUAUGCGCCAUGAGUAAAUGUCGUUUUUUUGCCUUGUGUCCCUUGCAUGCCGACGGAUGGCGUAGGGUGGUGGCUCCCCCUGCCGUCACAGGUGAAUUUAUCGCGGUCCGCUUUGAGGCAGUGCUACAUCCGGAAAAGAAGACGCCGCAUGUAGCUGCCACAGUCUCACCACCUGAAGUGGAAGCGGUGAUCGCCGUUCUUGAGGACGCGCAGUUUCAGCCCAUGUGGUACGUGGCGAAGAAGGCGUAUUUGUAUCCGAUGGAGUCCUACAGCCACCUGCUUGUGGCACUGAGGAAACUUUUAGUCCGAGUGCAUAUCGAGGAGAUCCCGUCCUUCUUCUUUCGUUGCCUGGAAGCCGUACAAGAGAUUCAACUAAAGCAUGAACGGAAUAUUGAUGGAAACGCCUCACAACCUGCUGAUGUGGAUGACGUGGUGUACUCUCAACUGCGGCCGUUUCAGAAGAAAGGCGUGGAUUUCAUCAUCGCACGCGGUGGUCGCGGGAUGAUUGCAGAUGAUAUGGGUCUGGGCAAAACGGUUCAGGCACUGGCAGUGGCCCACCACUACCGUAACGAGUGGCCUGUGCUCAUUGUGUGUCCCCUGUCACUAGUGGAAAAUUGGACCAAGGAGCUCAUGCGCUUUUGCAGCAUUCCCAUUGGGCGGAUCGCUAUUUUUCAGAACAGCAAGGUACGUGUGACGGAUGUUCACAGUGCCGUUAUUGUGCCGUAUUCAUCGCUGAAAAGUCUGGAUACUCAGUCAACCACAUUCCAGGUGGUUAUACUUGAUGAAUCCCAUUAUAUUAAAACCGUAGACUCCAAGCGAACGGUGGCGGCUCUUAAGUUAUGUCGUGUUGCUCGUCGUGUGUUAUUGUUAUCCGGCACACCCACGUUAUCGCGGCCCAUUGAGCUCUAUCCCCAACUACAGACUAUCAUGCAUCCAUCCUGGACCCCGUCCAAGUCUCUGUUUGCUGCGAGGUACUGUAACGCAUUUGUGGGUCGCUUUGGUGUGGACUACUUGGGCCACUCGCACAUGAGUGAACUACAUGUUUUGCUGCAGCAGUUUGUCAUUCGUCGCACGAAGCGGGAGCUUGGGAAUGAGCUGCCAUCGAAGAUUCGUCAACUGCUGUAUGUGUACAUUACACCGAAAGAAAAGAAGGCACUUGAAAAAAGUGUUUUGGCGCUUCGAAAUUCAUUUAGGGACGGGGCAACGCUCCCCACUUUAGGAGCCGCGGUGGGCACGACGAACAUGACUCAAGGUACCGGUGGGAAUUUAACGAAAUGUACACCCGGCGGCGCGACCGCAACAAGAAAUAUGACCGCCUUUGACCUGAAGAUUGCCACGGCUCGGGCCAAAAUAGCCGCUGUGCAGGACUACGUGAAGAGCACGACGGAGCAAAUGGUGGAAUCUGGGCAGAAGGUGAUCAUCUUUGCCCACCACCAAUGCAUGAUGGAGGCUAUUCGCGAGGCCGUGGAAAGUGUUCAGCCCAAGCAGCCCCUAGACUACAUUUACAUUACAGGAGAGACACCAGCAGCCCAGCGAGAGGCGCUGACGACGCAUUUUCGAACGUCCACUAAUUGCCAUGUCGCGGUGUUGUCGAUGCACUCCUGUGGUGUGGGUCACAAUCUCACCUGCGCCACGAUGGUGGUCUUUGCGGAGCUGGAUUGGAAUCCAAGUACCCACCUGCAGUGUGAGGACCGUGUUCACCGCAUGGGACAAUCAUCUGCAUGCGUCAUCAAAUAUCUCCUCGCGGAGGGAACAUCCGAUAGUGUCAUUUGGCCGAUGCUGCAAACGAAAUUAAACGUGACGCAUGCUGUCCUUGAAGACAGCCAAGCUGGCGGUGAAGGAUGGAGUGCGGGGGCUGACACACGCCGCAUCCUCCGCUCCGAUGUCCCUCUCACGCCAUCCUCGCCGGAGAAGAAGCAAGUGACACUGGAGGGUUUUCUCUCUCACUCCGGUUCGCGUCCAUCACGUCCACUGACGCAAGGCAGUGACUCGAAUGCCGAAGUCUUAAAAACAUCGGACGAAAGUCCUCGAGCGGAUACAUCGCCGGACACACCGUUUCAAAGUCCAUCAGCAGUGGCACCUGCAGAGAAUGCUCUUCUUGACAUUGCAAAACUGCGUCAGCAGCGCGAAGCCCGUAAAGUUGUUCAUUCAACGCCAGUUUUGGGUACAGCUGGCGCUGGAUCGUCUCCUGUUGCUGCGGUGACGGUGACACCAUCACCACCACCAAUCCAAAGGCAGGUAACGUUGCAUGAAGUGUUAACGAAUCAUCCGGCAAAUUCCCCUACGCCGAAAAAUUCUCCACAACAACGAACGAAAUUUCAUGUUGCAGUUGCAUCGAAGUCAUUUAACGAGCGUAGCGGGGCCGCCCAUACGUCUAGUUGUUCGAGUGAAACCACCUUUUGUGCUCCCAUUGUUUCUCAUCCUGUGAAGACUUUGUUUUUAACUCGGCCUGCAUCCGCGACUUCCUCAUCGGCAGCUUCCUCUGUGAAGCCUCAUGCUGGUGCGAGUGCGGCUGAUCUUUCUGUUGUUUCUACAGUCUCUAAGGAGGGAUCCAUUUGCCUAGUGCCGUCGCCGCGUUCUGAGGAAAUACGCCGUUAUAAUGCCCGUAGAACGCCUUUUAUACUUGGCAGUACACUGGGAAAGCGCUCAAGGCCUGAUGACAUGGAAGACCAAGUGUUGUGA